GGAAGGGAAAUCCGGCUGGGAAGAAUCCUUUGUUGUGGCUGAUGCGUGGACAGGAUGCGUGGACAGGAGAGGGGAGGCGGCAGAAAUUCGCCAGUGACACAUUCUGGAUGCUGUCCUUUUGGGGGUGAAGCGAAAAUGCAGCCAGUUCAGGUUCCGGUGUCUUUUGAGGAGGUGGCUAUAUAUUUCACCAAGGAGGAGUGGGCUCUGCUGGGUCCAGGUCAAAGGGUUCUCUACAGGGACGUUAUGCUUGAGAAUUACGGGGAUAUGACCUUUCUGGAAGGACCUCUGUUUCCUCAACCUCGCCUCAUCUCCUGGUUGAAAGAACAAGAAGAGGAGUUUGUCCAGGAGAAAGUGGCAGGUAGUGAAAAUUCGUCAGUGACAUGUUCCAGAUGCUUUUCCCUUUGUGGUGAAAUUGAAGGAGCUACUUUCCACUCAGCUCAGGAUUUGGUGUCCUUUGAGGAGGUGGCUGUGAGGUUCACCAGGGAGGAGUGGGUUCUACUUGAUCCAGGGCAAAGGGUGCUCUACAGAGACAUCAUGCUGGAGAAUUAUGGCAAUGUGGCCUCUCUGGAAGCACCUCUGAUGCCUCAAUCAGACCUCAUCUCCUGGCUUGAAGAAAAAGAAGAGCUGUUUGUCCAGGAGAGAGUGAUUGGUGAUGGGCAGGUCAAUAAGAAUGAUCAGGGGCCAUCUAUAGUGUCAUCAGAAACAACCAUGUGUGACAUGCAAAAAGAUAUGUUUGGAAAUCAAAGUGAACCAGAAAGUCAACAGGGAAACCAACCGAAGCUCGGAGGGAAGAAAUCCUCUACUUCACAGGCUGCUAAGGGCCAUGAACUUCAGAUCCCACAUGGUGACUGUAAAGAAAAUGGGAGAAAAAUGUGUCCAGUGUGUGGGGAAAUAUUCAAAUAUAAAUCACAGUUAAAUACACAUUGCAGAACUCACACAGGAGACAAACCAUAUGAAUGCACAGUGUGUGGCAAGAACUUCAAUAUGAGCAGUUCCCUUACUAUACAUGAAAGAACCCACACUGGGGAGAAACCAUACAAAUGCAUGGAAUGUGGAAAGUGUUUCAGUCAGCGUGGACACCUUAUUUUGCAUCAAAGAACCCACACAGGGGAGAAACCAUAUAAAUGCACAGAGUGUGGGAAAAGUUUCAGUCAGCAUGUACACCUUAUUUCUCAUCAAAGGAUCCACAAAGGGGAGAAACCAUAUAACUGUGCAAAGAUGAACUGUGGAAAGAGCCUCCAUGAAAGUGUAUCCUUUACUAAACAUCAGAGAACCUACACAGGAGAGAACCAGUAUAAAUGUAUGGAGUGCGGAAAGAGCUUUAGUGUGAGAGGAACCCUUUCCAAACAUCAAAGAAUCCACACAGGGGAGAAACCAUAUAAAUGUAUGGAGUGUGGAAAGAGCUUCCGGGAUAACGGAACCCUUACUAUCCAUAAACGAAUCCACACAGGGGAAAAACCAUAUAAAUGCAUGGACUGUGGAAAGAGUUUCCGGCAUAGCGGAACCCUUGCUAAACAUCAAAGAGUCCACAAAGAAGAGAAACCAUUUAAAUGCAUGGAAUGUGGAAAGAGCUUCAGUCAGAGCAGUAACCUUACUUUCCAUAAAAGAACUCAUACAGGGGAGAAACCAUUUAAAUGCAUGGAAUGUGGAAAGAGCUUCAGUCACAGUAGUAACCUUACUUUCCAUAAAAGGACUCACACAGGGGAGAAACCAUUUAAAUGCAUGGAAUGUGAAAAGAGCUUCAGUCAAAACAGUAGCCUUAUUAGGCAUCAACGAAUUCACACCGGGGUGAAGCCAUUUAAAUGCAUGGAGUGUGGCAAGAGCUUCAGUCAGAGCAGUAGACUUACUAUACAUGAAAAAACCCACACAGGGGUGAAGCCGUUUAAAUGCAUGGAGUGUGGAAAGAGCUUCAUUGAGAACAGAAGUCUUCGUGUACAUCACAGAACGCACACAGGGGAGAAACCAUUUAAAUGCAUGGAGUGUGGAAAGAGCUUCAGUGUGAGAAGUAACCUUACUUUUCAUAAAAGAACUCACACGGGGGAGAAACCAUUUAAAUGCAUGGAGUGUGGAAAGAGCUUCAGUCAGAACAGCAGCCUUAUUAAUCAUCAAAGAACUCACACAGGGGAGAAACCAUAUAAAUGCAUGGAGUGUGGAAAGAACUUCAGGCAGAGCAGCACGCUUACUUUACAUGAAAAAACCCACACAGGAGUGAAGCCAUUUAAAUGCAUGGAGUGUGGAAAAAGCUUCACUGAGAGCAGAAAUCUUUAUGUACAUCACAGAACACACACAGGGGAGAAACCAUUUAAAUGUGUGGAGUGUGGAAAGAGCUUCAGUCAGAGCAGUAACCUUACUUUCCAUAAAAGAACUCACACAGGGGAGAAACCAUUUAAAUGCAUGGAAUGUGGAAAGAGCUUCAGUCAGAGCAGUAGCCUUAUUAGGCAUCAAAGAACUCACACAGGGGAGAAACCAUUUAAAUGCAUGGAAUGUGGAAAGAGCUUCAAUCAAAGCAGUAGACUUACUUUACAUAAAAAAACCCACACAGGGGUGAAGCCAUUUAAAUGCAUGGAGUGUGGAAAGAGCUUCACUGGGGGCAGAAGUCUUCGUGUACAUCACAGAACACACACCGGGGAGAAGCCAUUUAAAUGCAUGGAGUGUGGAAAGCCCUUUCGUGAGAAUCGUAUCCUUAUUAGGCAUCAAAGAACUCACACAGGGGAGAAACCAUUUAAAUGCAUGCAGUGUGGAAAGAGCUUCAGUCAGAGCAGUACACUUACUUCACAUAAAAAAACCCACACAGGGGAGAAACCAUUUAAAUGCAUGGAAUGUGGAAAGAGCUUCAGUCAGAGCAAUCACCUUACUAGGCAUCAAAGAACCCACACAGGGGAGAAACCAUUUAAAUGCAUGCAGUGUGGAAAGAGCUUCUGUCAGAGCAGUAACCUUACUUUACAUAAAAGAACUCACACAGCUGAGAGACCAUUUAAAUGCAUGCAGUGUGGAAAGAUCUUCAGUAUGAGCACCACCUUUUCAUCAAGAACACACACAGGGAAGAAACCAUUAAAAUGAAUGGAACUUGGAAGGAAUUUCAGUGUGAGCCUCACUACAUCUUUAAACUAGAGGACUGGUGGAAUUUAGGUGGACCAGUAUAGU